CUGCUCGCCUGAGUUUAUCCAUCCCCUGGCAAUAAAACAUUGUCUUGUUUUCACAGUCACUUUCGAUCUCCCCACUUCUACCCCCUGCCCUGCUGGCAGGGGAUUCUGCAGCACCCCUUCUAGGCCACCUGGGUGCAGAGGAUCGAGGAGGAGGGUAAAGGAAGGACCAACAGCAAGCAUCUGCCAUCCAGCUCCAUCCCAUCUAGAUUCCAGGAUGGAGCGGCUGAGGCAGAUGCUCAGGAGGAAGGCCGGGCAGGUGGCUCCAGAGCCAGAGGGAAAGAACAUCCGGCUUUCUGAGGAGGAGAGCGGCCCCGCUGGCCCCACGGGCGGGGAAGAGGCUGGUGGCCAGCAUAAACAGAGGAGCUGCCUGGCAUGCUGCAGGAAGUGGAUGACACCAGCUCCCCUAGCUGACCCUGAGGCACCUUCUGGGCCCAAAUGGAGGUGGCCCCGGGUACAGCUACGGAGGAGGGAGCCAGGAGAGGGCAGGAGCCGGGCAAGGCAGCUCUGGGGCUUCCUUCACAGGAAGCCAAGGAGCCAGGAGCUGCACCCCAGGGCCCAACAGGAGCCACCCACCACCCUGGCAACUGUGGAGCCCCCCGCCAGCCCCACCCUGGCCCCUGAGGAGCCCUGCGCCAGCCCCACCCUGGUCCCUGAGGAGCCCCCCGCCAGCCAGGAGGAGGAGCUGAGCGACUCUGGGACAAACACCAGCAGCUCCUCGUACUCCCAAGGGGGCAGCAGCUCCUCUGCAUGGUCUGACAGGCGUGUGGAUGAAUGCUCCCUCUUUGCAGGUGCCGGGACUGACCCAUGUGAGCCCCACUAA